AUGAUCCCCUCAAUUGGUCAUCAUGGCGAAAGCAUAAAUUUCGGUCUGACCAACUUGUACGUGCUCUUCACCUUUGUGAUGCUAGACAUUCUGAAGGUCGCAUUAGAGUCCUACAUCAAGAUGGGCAUCUCAUACGAAACACUGAACCAUGCCGUGGUGACGAACUGUGCCGGCCUAGCAGUCGGCUGUUUAGUGUUCAUCCCCUUCGUGCAUAAAUACGGACGCCGCCCGCUGUAUAUGCUGAGUUCGUUGAUUCAACUAAUCACCGCGAUUUGGUGGGCUUCUCUUAAUUCUGAUGGAGAGCUUAUAGCGGUCAACUUAUUAUCAGGUAUUGGAGGUGCCACCAGCGAGACUAUUGUCAUGAUUACAAUCGUCGAUCUAUUCUUUGUUCAUCAGCACACUCGAUUCAAUGGAAUCUUUUUGUUGGCGCAGAGUCUAGGGGCAUUCGGAGGUUCUGUUGCUGCUGGGUUUAUUGUGGUUAACCAGGGUUGGAGGUGGAUGUGGUCGUGGACGGCCAUCUUCCUGGCAGUCAACCUAGUCCUGGUUUGCUUAUUCUUCGAGGAAACCAAAUAUAUCCUAAAUGGGACUGGCCGCUUAAUCAAAGAGCAAUGCGAAGAAUCUAAGCCGCACAAAGCCUCACAUGAACAUCUCGACCAAAUGCCCAAUCAUCCCAGCCCAGAGGCCGAGUCAAUCGUCCCUAGACCCAACCCAUUUCCAAGCGUCUGGCAAUCAUCACCAAAUCCGAUGACCAUCACAUACGGGUUACUACUCGUCUGGUUUGCCGUGAUAAGCUCUGCUGCUUCCUACCUUAUGCUGAACCCACCAUACUCCUUCAAUCCCUCCUCAGUUGGACUCUUCAUGCUAUCCGCAUUGAUAGGUGCAAUCCUAGGUACGGUCGUUGGUGGCCCGCUCAAUGACCAAUCAAUUUUGUGGUUGGCUCGGCGGAAUGGUGGUAUAUUUGAACCUGAAAUGCGUCUGCGGAUGAUACUACCGGGGUCUCUUGUGGCUACUGCUGGGGUCUUGACCUUUGGUUUGAGUCUAUCGCGGUCUCUACCAUGGAUCGUUCUCGCGGUGGGAUAUGCCAUCUUUGGGUUCGGGUUCUCUGUGACGGGAGAUACCUCGUUGACCUACCUCACGGACUGUUACCCAGAGGUGAGCGAGACUAUCACCAGUGACACAACUGAGAAACUGACAAACAUAUCCAGAUCCUCGGGGGAUGCUCUCGUUGGGGCUGUCUUCGUUCGUAACGGCCUCUCCGUCCUCAUCAUGUUCGUCUACACACCAUAUAUCAGCUCGCUUGGCAUUCAGAACACUUUCAUUUGUGCCGCAAUGAUCUCGCUGGCUAUGACUAUUAUGCCUAUCGGGCUGCUUAUCUGGGGAUAG